CUGCCCGGUGUUGUGGCGCCUGUUUUGUGGCAUUUCUGGAAGGCUCUGCAGGCCGAGGCACCUCUAGGCCUCGACGCUGGCUGUCGUGCGUGAGAGUUGGCAGAAAAAAGAGUAUUAAGGGCGAGAGUACUCACUUUGUAGCUAUGCAUGAACUUAAAAGUAGUGGGUGGGCAGGCGUUCAUACUGCUGGAUCUUGGAAUUUGAGUUGAAAGCCAGCAUUGGACCAGUGAAAUGUGGGUCACUGAAAAACAAAGGCAGAAUGCUUUGAAGACACAAAACAUAGACUCCCGUUUCAGGUCCUAUGCAGAGUCAGAUGCAGUUCCCCUCUGGCUAUGGCUCACAUCUUCCAAAUUACAGUGCGCCUUCAGGACACUAUUCCCAAGUGCCCAAUAAAGCUGCUGCUUCACAUCUGGAUAAUCAGUACGGAGUCAGUUACUACCCUGGUUACUAUUCAGCACCAGCACAAAAUGUCACGACAUCUGUGGGUAGCAAUGUGUUGAAUGCACAGGAAUCACAGCAAUUGUACAACAGCACUCCUCCUCAUUCAGGGGCAUCCAGUGACAGACCUGUUCAAGGAGCAGUAUCGUCUGCGUCCUACUUGCAUGUGAGUGCUCAGCAGUCGUAUUCAGCAUUUGAUAAUCACUACAGCACUUCUGUCAGUUCUUCAGUUGCAUCUCAGGGAUUCCCCCUUAAUUCUGAUCGCUACGCCAUGCCCAUGGUUUCUGGUGCCAUGUAUGCUAAUGUUUCCUAUCCUGUGGCUGCUGGCGGUGUGUAUGGGCAGACAUUGACCUCUCAGGGUCUACCUGCUGUUGGACACUUCAAAGAGACAAAUGCGUUUCCUGGCCAGAGUACAUCAGUACCUCACUCCCUUCAACAGCACGUUCCCGUGGGAUAUAAUACAACGUUAUCAACUGCUUCAUCUGCUCAGUCUGUGCAAGACAACCUCGGCAGGAAUCUCACCGGAUCAGUUGCUAAAGUAAACAACCAAAUAAAUGCAGGUGGCAUUGAUUCUUCACAGCCCGUGCACUCAGUGAGCCAGAAUGUUCCAUUUACCAAGCCUGGAGUUGGAACAUCUGCUUCCUCUGCUGGGAUGUCGUCAGUAAGGUCACCUGCUCCAAGCCUGUCUUCAAAGCCACCAUCUUCACCACCUGUUACACAGUCACCAGAGCUGGCCCUUCAGGAAGGCAUGCAGUAUGGUGGAUAUGUUAAUAAUCAAGCUAGCUCUGCACCAGCUCCCUUGUCAUCAAGUUCAGAUGAUGAGGAAGAGGAUGAGGAGGAUGAGGAAGCAGCGCUUGAUAGUUCCUCUACUACAAGCAGUGCCUCUCCUGUUCUGAACAAUUAUGAUGCCCUGGAAGGAGGUGGCUAUCCAGAGACACGUUCUGUGACCAGCAGCCCAGUUCCCUCUCCAUCAGUCCUCCAAACAUCCAAAGCGUCUAAGCCCUUUGGUUAUGGAUAUCCAGCACUGCAGCCAGGCUACCAAAAUGCAACACCAUCUACUCCUGUGCAGUCCAGUAAUCCAGGACACCAUCCUGGUUUUCAGCACUAUCCACAGCAAUAUCCAGGUGUGAACCAGCUGUCCUCUUCCUUAGGAGGAUUAAGUCUACAGCAUUCUCAGCAGCCAGAAAGCUUGAGACCAGUAAACCUUACACAUGACAGAAAUAUUUUACCCGUGUCUUCAGUUCCAGCACCUGUGCCUAACUUGAAUUCUGAUCUUAGGAAAUUGAACUGCAGUCCAGACUCAUUUCGAUGUACAUUGACAAAUAUUCCACAGACACAAGCUUUGUUGAACAAAGCUAAGCUUCCUUUGGGUUUGUUGCUGCAUCCCUUCAGGGACCUAACGCAAUUGCCAGUAAUAACAUCAAGCACAAUAGUGAGAUGCAGAUCCUGCAGGACUUACAUCAACCCUUUUGUUUCUUUCAUUGAUCAAAGGCGGUGGAAGUGCAACCUGUGCUAUAGAGUUAAUGAUGUUCCUGAAGAAUUUAUGUAUAAUCCUCUGACACGGUCUUAUGGAGAGCCUCACAAACGGCCAGAGGUGCAAAAUUCUACAGUGGAAUUCAUUGCUUCUUCAGACUAUAUGCUUCGUCCUCCUCAGCCUGCGGUGUAUUUAUUUGUUUUAGAUGUGUCUCAUAAUGCAGUGGAGGCUGGAUAUUUGACAAUACUCUGCCAGUCAUUGCUGGAAAACCUAGACAAGCUGCCUGGAGAUUCAAGAACAAGAAUAGGGUUCAUAACGUUUGACAGCACUGUUCAGUUUUACAACUUGCAAGAGGGUUUAUCACAGCCUCAGAUGCUGAUUGUCUCAGAUAUUGAUGAUAUUUUCCUACCUACACCAGAUAGUUUACUUGUAAAUCUCCAUGAAAGCAAAGAGCUGAUAAAAGAUCUAUUGAAUGCAUUACCAAAUAUGUUCACCAAUACAAGAGAAACACACAGUGCAUUGGGCCCUGCUCUUCAGGCUGCAUUUAAAUUGAUGUCUCCAACGGGUGGCCGGAUCUCUGUGUUUCAAACUCAGUUACCGUCUUUGGGAGCGGGGCUUUUGCAUUCCAGAGAGGAUCCCAAUCAAAGGUCAAGCACAAAGGUGGUCCAGCAUCUUGGUCCAGCAACAGACUUUUAUAAGAAGUUGGCACUGGACUGCUCCGGCCAGCAGACUGCUGUGGAUUUAUUUCUCUUAAGUUCACAAUAUUCUGAUCUAGCUUCUCUUGCUUGCAUGUCCAAAUAUUCUGCUGGAUGCAUCUAUUACUAUCCAUCUUUCCAUCGUAGCCAUAAUCCUACUCAGGCUGAAAAGUUGCAGAAAGACCUGAAAAGAUACCUUACAAGAAAGAUUGGAUUUGAAGCAGUAAUGCGCAUAAGAUGUACCAAAGGUCUUUCAAUACACACUUUCCAUGGGAAUUUUUUUGUACGAUCUACUGAUUUACUGUCCCUUGCCAAUGUCAAUCCUGAUGCUGGAUUUGCAGUACAAAUGUCCAUAGAGGAAAGUCUGACUGACACAUCUUUGGUUUGUUUUCAAACAGCUCUUUUGUAUACUUCCAGUAAAGGUGAGCGUCGAAUUCGAGUGCACACACUUUGCUUGCCCGUAGUGAGUUCCCUGUCUGAUGUGUAUGCAGGAGCAGAUGUACAAGCAGUCGUGUGCCUCCUAGCAAACAUGGCUGUGGAUCGCUCCGUUUCGUCCAGCCUUGCAGAUGCAAGAGAUGCCUUAGUCAAUGCCGUGGUGGACUCCCUGGCAGCAUACAUGUCAACUGCCUCAAAUCUGCAGCAGUCCAUGCUGAUAGCACCAAAUUCCCUCAAACUCUUCCCACUCUAUAUUUUGGCUCUUCUCAAACAGAAAGCCUUCAGAACAGGCACAAGUACACGCUUGGAUGAUCGUGUCUAUGCAAUGUGCCAGAUGAAGAGCCAGCCUCUUGUUCAUUUGAUGAAGAUGAUACAUCCCAACUUGUACAGAAUAGACAAGCUGACUGAUGAGAGUACAAUACAUGUAAAUGACAGAGUUGUUCCUCAGCCACCCCUUCAGAAGUUGUCUGCAGAGAAGUUGACAAGAGAAGGAGCUUUUCUUAUGGAUUGUGGUUCAAUUUUUUACCUUUGGGUUGGAAAAAACUGUGAUAACAACUUCAUAAAAGAUGUCCUUGGAUACCCGAACUAUGCAUCAGUGCCACAGAAAAUGACACAGCUUCCUGAGGUGGAUGCACCAUCUUCAGAAAGGACACGAUCUUUUAUAUCCUGGCUUAGAGAUAGUAGACCUUUAAGUCCAGUUCUUCAAGUAAUAAAAGAUGAGAACCCUGCCAAAACGGAUUUUUUUCAGCAUUUAAUUGAGGAUCGGACAGAAGCAGCUUUCUCGUAUUAUGAAUUCCUACUUAAUAUUCAACAGCAGAUUUGUAAGUGACCAAGGAAUUGGUAGAGGAAAAAGUCUGACUUCAGACAGAAGCAUGGGCCAAGAGAAGCAUAUGGGAAGUUGCAGAAGUGGAUGCUUGUUCUUCACAAUAUACAGUGACCAGCACUGUUUUGGAAGCUUUACAGCUAAAGGAGUACACAUUUCCAAAAGAAUUUUGCAGCUUUCCUUCAGUCUAGAAGUGCUCCGAGUGAUGAAGCUGUUUCACUAGUAAACUUAAAAAUUGGUUUGUACACGUUUCCAGUUGUGCAGCGGUAUGGUGCUCUGUUAAUUGCAAGCUGGUGAAUUUAUGUAGCUAUGUGGGAUGAUAUUUCUUAACAAAAUGUACAAUUAGGUAAAGCCUUUUUUCUUAAAUUUGUUAUAGUAAGCCUUCCAGAUCCAAAUCCUUAACAGAGAUGUCAGAGGGCAGUGAUGUAUGUCGGUUGUUUAUAUGAAUUUCUUUUUAAAGGGAAUGGUUCAUAUUUGCUAAAGACUUCAGCAAAUUCCCUGUGAAAGUUGUAGAGUUUCAGUAAAGUAAAUCAAUUGUAGAAAUAAAAUAUAUAAUGUACAUAGGUAUUACAUUUGUAAAAAAAAUGUAAAAAAUGUAACUAAAAAAAAAUACCUAGCUCAUUGUGCAGAAUUGUUGAGUGCUUGAUGAUGAUGAAUUGUUUUGUCCCAGGCUAGACAAUGAAGUUGACUAUUAAAACAUGAUCAAAAAAGUAUCAUUGUAGAA